AUGCUGUCAGGAAAGAGCUUUGAGCUCAUACUUGCAGCUGCUGCGGCCACUGGAAAAUUGCAGAGUUUUGCUAUCAAACUUGUCAAGUUUAAUGAAUUUGCUCGUCAAGCUACUGGGGAAGGUGGCAAGGCAGCCAACACACGGGCCCUGCUGUUUGAUAUUUCUUUCCUGAUGCUAUGCCACAUAGCACAACUUUAUGGAACUGAGAUUAUAACAUCAAGUCCUGAUUGCUCUGAAUCUUUCUUUGCUCAAUGGGCACUGAAAUGUUUGCCAGAAGAUGGCAAAUACAAAUGUAUUGAUAACAGUAGUCCAAGUGACCAACACAAGGUGGAUCUUCUCCUCAACCAAUUCACAAAUGGUGGGGAACAUAAAAACAGCAUGGCACGUUGGCAUGAAGUCUGCAUGAAUGCUCCAUUUGCCAUGCAAGAAGUUCUCUUUGCUUGGGAACAUGGGGCUCUUUCAGCUGACAAUGUUAAAACAAUUUUGGACUGUGUAAAGAAAAAGAUGUGUUGCUUGCCUGUAGUCGUAUCAGCUUGGCUUUGUAGUUAUAUGAACACAGUUGGUGAAGAAGCACGGUCUAAGCCUCUAAACAUGUUAGAACAAUUAAUAAGAAUAAAUCCUGAAUCUCAGGGACAGUACCCAUCUGAAAAUUACCAUGAACGAUCUCAUUUAAUGAGUAUAAUUCUGUGUAAGAUGAGCAAUGACAUAUUGCCUGCAUCAAGUCGCUCUACAGCUCAACAGUACAUUCCACCAAAAGCUUUACCUGGUGAAGUGAUGGACAAAACCACACAAGCAAUAUUUGACAAAGGAUGGGUAGAUUUACGCAGUUUACAUGCCCUUGAACAACUGCUGAAUCUGUGUGGUUCAGAUUGGUUUACUGAUAGGAUUGUUGCAAUGAUGCUUACUAGUAAUCGGCUUGAAGACCUGUCUUUGUCAUUGAGUAUAUCAUUCGCCCUGUGUCAUAUGGAUCUAGAAAAUAUAACUUUAAGUUUACUUAUUCACACAUUACCAAACAUCCUUAGAUCACCUCACAAAAUGCAUAUGUUGAUCAAUCCACGAGGAUCUAUACUUGCAAAACUCUGUGUCAUGUGUAUUGUUGGAGCCCAGACAGCAAGAUUGAAUAGUAAAGCUGCUGAUUCAUUCCAGUUUACAAAAAGAGGACGUAAACGACCUUUGCACGAAGUUGAUUGGGAGGAGCCAGAAGAUGAGAAUCGCCCAAGCAAGAUGCGUAAAGUGCAUGAACCUCAGAUAACAUUAGAUUCAGAAGGAUUUAAUUUGGAUUUCAUCACUGCAAAAGAAGAAGGUGAACCAUCUCCUCCUUAUGAUACAAAAGAUCCUUUAAAUCGAGCUGUCUUAAAUUUGAUGCGGAUGAUGAAUUCCCUUCUCCACAGCAGCACUAUAAGUCCUCGUACAGGUUUUGUCGCCUCUUUUAUUCAAGAAGCUGUAUUGUGUGGACGGCAACAUUCACGGCUCAUCCUUCAAUUUAUGCCUCCGGGAAUGGUAACUCAACUUCUCAAAUGUUUACCGGGAUGUUUAACAAAUCAACAGAUUCUUUGUAUAUGUGAUUUAUCUACUCCAGUUGGACGCAAAGUGGCGGCCAAAGCUAUUUAUCAAAAUGCUCGAGUAAAACGAAUUUAG